AUGCCGCUACCCAUUGCGCUGCAGACCCGCUUGGCCAAAAGAGGCAUCCUCAAACAUCUGGAGCCUGAACCGGAGGAAGAGAUCAUUGCUGAGGACUAUGAUGAUGAUCCUGUGGACUAUGAGGCCGCCCGGUUGGAGGGCCUUCCACCUAGCUGGUACAAGGUGUUCGACCCUUUCUGCGGGCUCCCUUACUUCUGGAAUGUGGACACAGACCUCAUGUCCUGGCUCUCCCCACAUGACCCCAAUUUCGUCGUUACCAAAUCUGCCAAGAAGCUCAGGAGCAGUAAUGCAGAUGCUGAAGAGAAGUCGGACCGCAGCCAUGACAAGUCAGACCGGGGCCACGACAAGUCUGACAGAGAUCGAGAACGUGGCUAUGACAAGGUGGACAGAGAGAGAGAGCGGGACAGGGAACGGGAUCGGGACCGUGGAUAUGACAAGGUGGACGGGGAAGAGGGCAAAGAACGGCGCCACCAUCGCCGGGAGGAGCUGGCUCCCUACCCUAAGAGCAAGAAGGUGGCAAGCCGAAAGGAUGAAGAGUUAGACCCAAUGGACCCCAGCUCAUACUCAGACACGCCCCGGGGCACGUGGUCAACAGGACUCCCCAAGCGGAAUGAGGCCAAGACUGGUGCUGACACAACAGCAGCUGGGCCCCUCUUCCAGCAGCGUCCCGACCCAUCGCCGGGGGCUGUGCUCCAGGCCAACGCCGAGGCCUCCCGAACCAAGCAGCAAGACUGA